UCGCUGGCACCCGUACUUACGCUAAAGACAGACGUGUAUCUUUUGGGGUUGUAGGAAGUCUUUACCAAAACACAACAGCUCAUGUUAGGCGGUGACAGUGGAUGAGGGAAAACUCGAAAGAAGCUCUUUAAAUUUUGUUAUUUUACUAAUGAAUUCAACAAAGAAUGACAUCUGUUUCCUUGUUAGAAAAUCCACAACAUUGUCCUGUGAUGGAUAACGAAGCUGGCAGCAUCUCUAUCGACCAGGGAGGCGAGUGGGACAUCAGCCUCUUUGAUGAGUUGGAUGAUCUUGGAGAUGCAGAUGAGCUGCUGGAAGCUCUGGAGCAUGCAGGAUUUGCCAGUGAGGGACCCAACUUAGAUUUUGAUAUCGACAUACCCUCUUGGAAUGAAGUGGACAAACACAGCACCUACACAGAUGGCGAGGUGAGUGUGGACUCUCUGUCACCUGCACACACGUUGAGCUCGGUCCCCUCUCCCUCCUCUGUAGAAGCCCUGUCCCCAUACUCCUUACACGAUGAGGCUCUUUCUCCACGAUCUUUGCCUUCUCCUGCAUCGGUUUCCUCAGAGUCCAGUGGGUUUUCUGAGGCAAUCACUCCAACUAAAAAGGCUCAAAAGAGAAGUGGUCAGCGAGGUGAGCAAUACAAACCUUCCCAGCCACUUAAGAGGCCGAUCCAGUUUGGGCCUAAGGUUUCUAUCAAGCCCAAACCUUUGAUAACAGCUGUGCCCUUGGCACAUGCAGCAGCUCCCCUGCAGGCCAAGACUAUCAUUAUACAACCACUGCAGACCACUGUCCUGCCUGUUGUCAAACAGACCCCUGUCAGCAUUCAGCCAGCGCCACCUCCAGGCCGCCCCAUAGUGCUGUCUCAGCCGGGCCAGGUGCUGCACAUCCAGCCCCCACAAGCGCUCACUGCAAAUGUGGUCGCCAUGCCAACGCUAAGUCCAGAGAGGCCAGUCCCGAUCACAGCUCCUCCAGUGGUCUCUGUCAGCCUCUGCACGCCGUCCUCAGACGAUGAUUCCAAGUUGUCCCAGAGGCAGCAGCGGAUGAUAAAGAACCGUGAGUCAGCCUCCCUGUCACGGAAAAAGAAGAAAGAAUACCUGCUGUCGCUGGAGGCACGACUGAAAAUGGCACUGUCCGAGAAUGAGGCACUCAAAAGUGAAAAUGGCACUCUCAAGAGGCAGCUGGAGGGGCUACUGAGUGAGAACACUGUGCUAAAGACAACAGCCCCCAAGAGGAGAGCUGUGUGUCUGAUGGUUGUCAUGGUGCUCCUCGUGUUUAAUUUUGGACCAACAAGUUUCUUUCAGGGUGGCCCUGGAUCCAGACUGGACGUUGUUUCAACACAGCACAGUGGCAGGCACCUGCUGGGCUUCUCAUCAGAGGCUGAAACAGAUGUAGUCAUCGACUCAGAACCUCAGCGUACAGGCCCCUCUGAAAUGGACAGUUUUGAGGAUAAAGCUUUAAUGGUGGUGAAGGAUCCCAUCUUUCUGAGACCUCCUCCCCCCUGCCAGCCUCCUGUCAACAGAACCAAGUGCAUGGAGUUGGCCCACGAACUCAGGGGCUGGGUCCACCGUCAUGAAGUGCAGCAGACCAAAUCCAGACGCAUGAGUAACAGCAAUCACAAAUCUGCUCGGACUAUUCUGAAGACAGAUGAUAAGGAGGCCUCUGAGAUUGUGACUGUCCAAUACACAAAACCUACUGAAGAAAAGAAUUCUGGUAGUGAGCUUCAGGUGUACUACGCUCCUCACAACACCUAUAGCCACUUCUUUGAUGAGCUGAAUCGACGUCCAGACACCUUCUAUGUUGUGUCUUUCAGAAGGGAUCACCUGCUGCUUCCAGCAACAAGCCACAACAAAGGACAGAGACCCAAGAUGUCUGUAAUUUUACCUGCAAUGAAUAUAAAUGAGAGCAUCAUUCGGGACUUUGAGGUGAUGAUGCAGAUUGACUGUGAAGUAACAGACACCAGGAUCCUACACAUCAGGUCGUCCUCGAUCCCACCUGUGCUCAAAGUAAACCACGCAGACUCAUUUUACCAGCAUUCCUCCACAGACAACCAGAGUGUGCCCCCCAUGGGCGUGCUCAUGGGGUCUGCAUAGGCAGUAGCCAAAAAUAAUCAAUUGGAUGCACAAAUGUUUAAAAAAAAUCACUGACAUUACAUGGAAGUAAUUGUACUGUAAUUGUUACUACUCUUUUUAUUGCAAGCAAAGCUUAAAAACAAACAGAAGAGCUCCCUGCAGACAUUGCAGGGUCUGCUGUCUGCUCAGAAAAUCCAGUAAUAUAGUUCUAAUUACAUAAUAAAAAUCCUAAACUUAUGAUUGGAAAAGUUGUAUAGGAAGAGAAACAUGCCAGUUGUUGUUUAUUUGUUUAAAAUUACAGAUUUUUAAAUGUUAAUCUAGAUAUUCAUUUGGAUGGGUCAGGGUUUUGGACUGAGGAAGGGGGGCUUGAGGAAAAGAAGGUCAGGAACUACUGAUGUACUUUGUUAAUGAUUUCAUAGUCGUAACACUGUACUUUUUCUUUAUUAAAGAUAGUCAUUAUACAAUGCUCUAAUUCACCUUUAGGAUUGUAUGUAAAUAGCGUGCUUAUAUCAAGGGUAACAGAGUGAUUUUUAUAUCAAAUUAUAUUGUUGUGGUAAACCAAUUUUGUAGGUAGAUUUGGUAAAUUUGCAAUUCUUAAUGUAAAGUUUUUUUGUUUGUUUGUUUUUUGUCCAUCCUAUUUUUUUUGAUAAAAAUGUCAAUGUGUGAAAUAUUUGCACUUCUUGGUUACCUAUUACAGGAUUAUCUGGUUAUAUGUGUAAUUCUUGUUCAGCUUGUUGCAAAUACAGAAUAUAAACUGCCAUAAAGUGCUUUACAAAGUUAAAAUGUCCAUAAGAUUACAGAUGUUCAUACAACAAUACAGGUGUGUUUGAUCUGUUUCGCAAAUUAAGUUGUGAAACUAGUAAUUUAAUGUUUUUGAGUAAAAAAUAUAUAAUUUUCUUCAUGUCAACAUUACUGAAUAAAUACAAAAUGUUGGUAUAUUUAAUUUGUCAUAAUAAAAAAUAAUUUUGGAUUUUA